CAUUGCGCAUGCGCGACAUUACAGUGGCACUCUGUAGAAUGAAUUAGACUCAAAACGACGAAUAUGCAGAAAAAGAGGAAAUAUAGCGCUUCACUGUGUACGUCGGUUUUAACAAAAACAGGGUCUUAGCGGUUAGGCAUAAUUUUCGAAAAGGUCCGACAUGGAUGUUUACACAGCACGUGCUCAUCAUGGUAGAGACCGGAAGUCCGCAUUCUCGCAAGAGAACUAAAACAAAGUACACUUCAUAGUCAACAACGGCAUUUUGUUAUAUAUUUUAAGAUGCCAGGCUUUGAACUGGAGCAGGUAGACGGUGACAGUCCCAUUGACUUGCCCUAUGGAGAAACUAUUUUGGGGAGAGGACCAUUUCUUGGAGUGAGUGAUAAGAGGGUGUCGAGGAACCACGGCAUUCUGGAGAACCAAAAUGGUCAGCUGCGUCUGAAGCCCACACACCUGAAUCCAUGUUUUAUUCAGACGAACAUUGUGGCCACCCCUCAACCACUAGAGAAAGACCAGUGGCACUCUCUGCGGGAGGGAGACAUCUUCUCUCUCAUGCCUGGGAAGUAUGUGUACAGAGUGCACGUCAAGGAAGAGUUUGGGACCCUCAGAAACAGUCAGAUGUUUGAGGAGGAGAUGGAAGUGGAGAAGUGUCUGACUGAACCAGCAGAACUCUCUGAAGGGUCAGCCAAACUUCAGGCCAAGACCCAGAGCUCCACAUUCCCAGGAUAUGCAGAGGAGGGUGCUUCACACACUUUUUGCUCUCUAAAUGAGGAACCCACGGUGAGCAAACGGGAGUCUGAUCUGCCACAGAAGAAGCGUGUCCUGCCAGCCUGGAUGAUGACUUUAGCUUCAGCUACCAAAAGCCCAUCAUCUGCCAAAGCAGAUGCUAGCAGCUCAGUGAGAGGGACCCCUACUCAACGCAAACGGGCAGCUGCAUCCAAACGUGCAGCUGGACCCAAGCGGGCUCGCACUGCACAACUUUCAUCUGAGGAAGAGGAGGAUAGGGAGGAGAUGCCCACAAGGAAAGCAAAGAGACUGAAGAGUGAUUCUGAAGAUGAGUCAGAAACUCUGCAGGGUGCUACAACACCCCAGAGCAGUAAAGUGGCAUCAGUCCUGGAUGAACCGAGUCAGGAGUCGGACAGCAAUGGUUUAAUGAAGUGUGAUGAUGGGAAGAGAAGAGGAGUUGACCCUGCAGUCGAUAUCAGACAAGGAGCUCAAGCUGAAGACUCAAAGACACAAGCAGAAGAUUCCGGUGAUUCACAGGUCAAUCAGGGACCCUCACAAACAGGAUUUAAAAGGUCAAAGGUUACGGAGUCCGAGUGCAAAACAAGUAUCAGUAAGGUGAAAAAACGACGGCGGACACCUUGUCCUUACGGCGGCUCCUGCUACAGGAAAAAUCCUGUCCACUUCCAGGAGAGCAGUCACCCUGGAGACAGCGACUAUGAGGAAGAGGAAGCAGAUGAUGAUGGUGAUGAUGACAGGCCAGAGUGCCCGUAUGGAACCCACUGCUACAGGAAGAAUCCUCUGCACAAGAAAGAGUACAAACACACUAAAUCUCCUCCCAAGAAUUCUCCUGAUGAUGAGGAUGAAGAUCAUUAUGACGACAGUUUUAUUAAUGAUGAGAGCGAAGAAGAGGAAGUGGAUGAAGACUCAGACUACGUGCCGGAAUCAGACGACAGUGGAAAAGAGGACAUUAAGCGGCUGCAGAAAGAAGCAAAAGCAUUUCUCAGGAAGAAGAAAUAGCUUCUUUAUUUGGGAUACAUUCUAUGAAAUCAAAUAGUGUCCUUCACCCAAACCUCAAAGACUAAGAAGCAGUCGGGUGUUUGACAGACACCGGUCCUCGGUGGCAUUACAUCUGUAUAUUCAGUUUUAAAUCUUUUAGAUUGAGUCAUUUGGCCCUUUUUUCAGUUUAGACACUGCGGUAAUUUUUUAUACCUAUUCUUAGUGUAAAAAUAUAGUUCACCCAAAAAUGAAAGAAUUGUCGUCAUUUACUCAACCUCAUGUCGUUCCACCCUGUAUUAUUUUCUUCCAUGAAACACAAAAGGGGAUGUUAGGCAGAAUGUCUGAGCAGCACUUUUCCAUUCCAUGGACUACUUUUAUGAUGAUUUUUGGAGGUUGACAGUAAAAAUCACAGAAGACAGAAAGUCAUACAGGUUUUGAAUGACAUGAGGGGGAGGGGAGUAAAUGAUGACAAUUCUUAUUAUUGAGUAAACUAUCCCUUUUUAAGUUGCAUAGAACUUUACUUUUUGUUCUUAGCAAUCUAAUGGGGCUUGGCAAAAAGUUUUUUUUUUUUCUUUUUUUAAAGAGCAAAUUGUACUUUGAAAUUUCUGUCCUUAUUUCACCCUUUGUCUGUUUUUUUUCAUUGUAUGAAUUCAAUUAAUUACAGUUGUGUGGGCUUUUAUUUA